AUGGUCCCCGCUCCAGAAUCAUCAUUCGACGUCCACUGCGUCCAAUCCGAAAUCAAAGAGGAAAUUAUUGGAAACAUGAAUAUUCAGGAACGCUCUACCCUCCGCAAGACAUCUGAAACUGGCAGAAUAUUGGCUGACACUCUUCCUUACCGAAUCGAGGCUCUCUACAUUUCCCUGGACUCCCAAGGUCUUCAAAUUGAGAUCCAUGAGCCAAACCAUCGUGUUUUCCUACCAAAGGACACUCAAAUCACUGAACUCUGCAAUAUAUUAGACAAUCCAAUUUUGACAAUUGGUAAAAUCCAUUUCUUCGCGAAGAGAGGAGUCCCCGGAGCUCCGUUGAUUCAUCAGAUGGCGCAAGAGAUUCUAGAGAACGGAAUCGAGAAGGCCAGUCUUCAUGUGGAUCAAUUCAUUGUCUCCUUUCACCUGUUUUCGGGAGAACGAAAUAAAAAUCGAGUGGGAAGAAGUGAUAUUGGAAUCAAGGAGAUGUUGGAGUUCUGUCGUCCGGUUGUUCUGAAUAUUAUCAAGAUCGAUAUCGACUUUAUUGAUUUGAUCUGGACUGAUAUGGUGAAGACAGCACAGUAUAAGCAAGCGAGAGUUGUCGACGUCUAUAAUUAUAUCUAG